AACACCAUAUUCAGCUUCAGCCAACUCUAGGUUAUUAGGUUAUGAAUGCUAAAAAUUAUGAGCAGUGCUUUAAUUUACAUAGUUAUAUCCACACAUCAUCCAGAGUGAAUAAAAGCCAGAUUGUAAAAUAAUUACAAUCUCUUGAAGUGGAGCCAGCCUCACAGACCAGAUCCAUCCAUCUUCAUUAAUUUGUAUACAGUUCUUUUACCAGAACAAACUUUCUGAAGGUACUCGCAUGGGAAUGCUGAAACAGCUGCACAACUUUUAUUUUGAAGAAAAAAAGUUGAGCCUCGGAACAGUGUGUUUUAAAGAGCGAGGGAGAGAGUGACUCUGCAUUUAAGACUUUGACCAGCAUGUGUAAGAAGUGCUCGCAUGGCUGGAAUAAUCUAACACAUUUUUACCUGGGUAGCACUUGGCAAAGCUCCCCUUUUUUCCUGAACAGUUGAAAGGAAUCCAGUACAACUCUGUGCUUUGAUCAACUUGUCUCCAGUUCUGCUCAGCCUGCAGGGUUUGCUGGUGCACGGCCGUGCCUGUCUUAUGUGGCCUCUAUGGCCCUUUUCUGCUCAACUGUCAGAAAGAGGGAGGGAGGCUUCCCCCAGCACCAAAAUAUCAUUCUGUGUGCUCUCUGCAGCACAGUAGCAAAGAACAAGUUUCUUGAUUACUCCCUGAUCUUUUUGGAGUUAUUUGCUGGAAGAAGUCUUUUUUCCCUCUUUAAAUGGAUGAUUGUGUUACAAUCAAGAAAAAGCAUCUCCAAAGACCAAUCUUUCGAAUGUGAAGAGCCACUCAUUACUACAUUUAUAUGGAUUACUUUCUUCUGCUCAAGACUGAAUAUAGAAUGCAAAUUAAGAUGCUUGGUGAAACAGCUGGAGAAAGGUGACAUUAAUGUGGUGGAUUUAAAAAAGAACAUUGAAUAUGCUGCAUCUGUGCUCGAGGCAGUUUAUAUUGAUGAAACCAGGAGGCUUCUGGACACUGAGGAUGAGCUCUCGGACAUCCAGUCGGAUUCGGUCCCGCUGGAAGUGCGAGACUGGUUGGCUUCCACAUUCACACGGGAAAUGGGAAUAGUGAAGAGGAGACCUGAAGAAAAGCCCAAAUUUCGAAGCAUUGUGCAUGCUGUACAGGCUGGGAUUUUUGUAGAAAGGAUGUACCGAAGAACUUCUAGCAUGGUUGGUUUGGCUUACCCAGCAGAAGUGAUUAUAACAUUUAAGGAUGUUGAUAAAUGGUCCUUUGAUGUAUUUGCCCUAAAUGAAGCAAGUGGAGAACACAGUCUGAAAUUUAUGAUGUAUGAGCUGUUUACCCGAUAUGACCUUUUGAACCGUUUCAAGAUCCCUGUUCCCAAUCUUAUUACAUUUGCCGAAACUCUUGAGGUUGGUUACAGCAAAUACAAAAAUCCAUAUCACAACUUAAUCCAUGCAGCUGAUGUUACUCAAACUGUGCAUUACAUAAUGAUUCAUACUGGUAUCAUGCACUGGCUCACAGAACUGGAAAUUUUAGCAAUGAUUUUUGCAGCUGCCAUCCAUGAUUAUGAACAUACGGGGACCACAAACAAUUUUCAUAUUCAGACAAGGUCAGAUGUUGCAAUAUUGUACAAUGAUCGGUCUGUUCUUGAAAACCAUCAUGUAAGUGCUGCUUAUAGACUAAUGCAAGAAGAAGAGAUGAACAUCCUGGCAAAUUUAACCAAAGAUGACUGGAGGGAGUUGCGUAGCUUGGUCAUUGAGAUGGUCUUGUCGACAGAUAUGUCGGGUCAUUUCCAACAAAUUAAAACGAUGCGACAUACUCUACAGCAGGCAGAGGGGGUAGACAAAGCCAAAGCCAUGUCUUUGAUUCUACAUGCAGCAGACAUAAGCCAUCCAGCAAAAUCCUGGGAACUGCACUACCGGUGGACCAUGGCCCUGAUGGAAGAAUUUUUUCGACAGGGAGACAAGGAGGCUGCUUUAGGUCUUCAGUUCUCCCCACUCUGUGACCGCAAAUCUACUUUGGUUGCUCAGUCCCAAAUAGGUUUCAUUGAUUUCAUAGUAGAACCAACAUUUUCUCUUCUUACGGACUCGAUGGAGAAAAUUGUUAUGCCUCUUAUAGAGGAAGCAACAAAAUCUGAAAGUCCUGCAUUUGGGACACACGGCCAGAAUAAUUUGGGAGCAGUAAGCAAUGUUGAUGCACAAAGACGACACAAUUUUAGAAGUACAGCAAGUGAUGGAGCGGCUCACACAGAAAAUUCCCUGGCAACUGUAGACCUAAGAAGCUUUAGGGACAACUUGAUGCAGAUAAUUCAAGCAAACAAAGAAAGAUGGAAGGAAUUAGCAGUCGAAGAAGAACUUGUGAAAAAUGUUGAUGAACAGGAAAAAGACCAGAGCAGAAAUUCCACAGAUGCACAGUUACAGGAAGAGGCAAGAAGCAGACAAAAUGAGAGUAGUCAGGGACGCGAUGAUACAGCCUGUCUUCCCAGACCUAUCGUCCUACAAGUAGUCACUUCCAACACUUCUCUGAGUGAUGAAUCCAACUCAGAAAAAUCCACUAACUCUGAUCCGAACCAGAAAGAUCUCACCGAUGCCCAGCAAGAAACACAGAAUACAGACCCACUGAAUGGUGAGCCUAAACACUGUAAGAAAACAGAAGAUAUGGUAAAAGCCACAGAACAGAAUCAAGCACUGGUACACAACUAGAUUUACUGCUUAUUAAAAGCUUCUGACAUUUCUGGCAGGACAGAAGAAAAAGAACACUGUUCCUACCUCCGUGCUCUCAGAGGCUGUUAUCUGUCAACUUAGAUGAUCUUGUUUCUGUGGAGAGUGAUUGGGCAAAGUGAUCAAAACUGUAAAACUUCAAACCCUGAGCUGGGAACUCAAGGCACCGAACAACUCUCAAGAUUUCAGUUGUAUCUGUUGUUGCUAUUUCCUUUGCUAUUCUGCUUUCUUAAGCUAGCCAAAAUACUUCUUCCAGCCAAAGUUGGACCUCGCUUUGUUGCAUCACUGGCAUCAGACAUUUCCAAUUAAUCAUGAGACAUGUGAAAACAUGUUAAAGAUCAUCUGCACUGGAUUGCUGUUACGUGUCACUGCCACUGGCAUCUAAUGGAAAUAGAAAGUCAAAAUAAGGUAUUGUCAUAGACACUUGUUCAUGCAACCAUGAUGUAUGCAACAUGGAAGUUCUACUUGUUAGUUUCCUUAAAAUAUCUGGAAAUUGAAAUAUGUGGACUGUGCAGGAAGUCAUAGAGUUGUAUUAUUGAGCCUGCAUGAAUGAUGACUCUUUCCCAUUGCAGUGUCUGCUAUACGGAGAGAAAUGGUGUUUAACAAAUCAGUAUUUGAAAUAUCUCUUUAAAAUUAAUUAAAUAUCACCCAGUAUUAUGAUUGAAACAUUCUCAGCUCUACAGUGUUUGUCAGAUGUCAGCACUGGUGUCAGCUCUACCAUGAAGCUGGUGCUUAUGGUUUCACAGGCAGAAGAGACUGCUACACAAAUACUCAAAAACUGCUGCCCUCCAGCAAAGCGUUGUGUUGCCUCUGGAAGGUGACACUGAGGCCUUAUAUAACGAGUUUGCUCAAAUGCAGAGUUGACAACGUGGAUCCAGCAAACUCCUCCCUAGCUUUGCUUCAUUCGAACACCAGAGCAUCCUUCUCUGAGAGGCGGCACAAGCGGAGCAUGCAGGCACUUACCUCUGAUGUCUCGGAAUGAGUCCUGCAGCCCAGCUCUGCCCGGAAGAGGCUCCACAUUCAUCUCUGCUCCCCCUGAGCUGCACGGGACCUCAUGCAGCCUGCACCCAACCUCACUUCCCUCUGCUGCGGCCAACCAGGAACCUUCCUCCCUCUCUUCGCGUUGUACUCUCCUGGUUAACUUGGGUCACUGCGUUCCCCAUUCCCGUUUUUGGACCCUGUAUUACCUCACUGACCAACAAGUCUGCAAUCAGCCAUGGUCCACUCGGAGGCAGACUUGUGGGGCAGCAUCGCUCCCUGCUGUGCAGAGCCCUGGGUGCUGCUCAUCUGCUGCUUCAGGGAUCUAACUAGUGCUCCCGCAUACCACACGCUCAGCCUGCAGAGGACGUGUUUUUGUCCUGGCCGAAGAAGGAGUAGUGAACCAGCCACACCAUACUGAGGGGCACAUACGUCUCUUUUCCUUUGACUGUCUCCUUUCCGACAGCAGAGUCAUUGAAGUUGAGCUGGGAACAAUAUGAGCUCUGAGCCCUGGGAUAAGGGCAUGCCAAAAGGUGGAAUUUCAGUCAUUGAAUAUGUAAGCCAUAUACACACUAUGCACAGUUAGAGUGCAUAGUUUUAACUUAAGAAAUGUUUGUGCAUAUAGGUUGUAAAAAGUGCAUUUAAAUUGUUUUGUGUAUCUGGUCCAGGGCUUGUAUUUGGCAUGGACAAAGUUCUGUACAGUGCAGCUGAAGAAUGAAAUGUUAACAAAUGAAAUUGUAUCAUAUAUGUUAUAAUGCAAUCGAUAUUUUUUGCUAAGAGUUAAGAAUUUAUAUAUUCUGGCAGUGUUUGAGCAAAUCCAUAGUAGCCUGGAUCACUCCAUGCACCUCUGCAUCCAUUAUGGGGAAUGUUGGACACAUUUUUUUUUGCUUUAUAAUGAAAUAUUUCUUAAUGUCGUCGCACCAAAAAAGAAACAUAUCAUUUAUAUCAGACUCUUUUUUUUUUUAAAGUGUAAAUUGCCAUAUGCUGUGGCAGUAGAAAACUUUCUUGUUUAAGAUCUGAUAUCUUUGGUCUUAUGCUUUUUCUUUCAAAACAUGGGAUCUUAUUUCAGAUAUGUUGAGCAUCUGCAGUUUCCACCAAAUUUAAAAAGUGCAAAAAUUGACAAAUAUGUUUUAAAAUUAGGCCAGCUACAUCUUUGUUCAUAACAGUGUGUUCAUCAACAUUGUGAUUUAUGAUUCAUUGGGAACAAAAAUUUGGAGCAAUCCAAAUUUAAAGUUUGUAUUGUACUUUCAAUUUCAGACUUCUACCAUUGUUGAACUUGACUUUUUCUUUCUGUAUCUCUGUCCUGUCGUGAUUGAUAUACUCUGCAAAAGUCUUCUCCUGGAAAUACAAGCAGAACUUACAGCAGAUUCUGCAAAGCUCUAGGAGCAUCCUGUGGGGCUUUUGGUGUCCUGUGGUCCUCCAGAAGGUAGGAGGAGCUCCUGAGCUCACAGGAGGCACUCAGUGCCUGCUCAGCUCCUUCGUUAAUACAGAAAUGUGAUUUGUGUAUAAAUAAUCCUACUUCUUCAUUUUUAUUCAGUUUUAAUCACUGUGGUAGGCAUUACAGAAAUAGAAGAGUCCUUAGUUUUCCUUUAAGGUCAGAUAACUCUCUUUCUUCCUUUAUUCUUAGCAAGGUUUUAUCCAGACAUGACCCAAAGCUUAGCGUGUUGUUUGGAUGAGGAGAAAUUUACUAUGGUGGAGAAGACCAUAAUAACCAACAUGUGUCAGUUCAGGCUUUGACCUUGUGUGGAAUUCACACUCAGAGGGCAGAGCGGCUUCUUGUUGGGGCCUCUCCCUAGCAGAUGUUUCUCUCCAAACCCCGCAAGGCUGCGCUACCAAAGCAUUGCAUGGGGCCAUAAGAACUCACUUGUGUUUGUAUCUGCAUCUCUCCCACAGCAUAAUGGGCAUGUACCCCUGCAUCGAGCACACUGAGGAGCUGUAGCUACAGAUUUGCCCUCAAAAAUUUUAUUUUGCAUUUUUAUCUUGAGAUAUCUGAUAAAUAUAUUACGUAAUAUUGUUAUGGUUUAUGAUCUAGCCAGUAUUUUUUUAUUUAAUUUUCAACAAGGCAAUCUACAACUGUGUGCUUAUAUUCUGCUGUAUUUGUCCGUAUUUCCUAUGAUGAUAUUCCUAAAUAAAUUUGAUUUGAGGGCAAGGAUUGUGAAGCUCCUGAGUGUUAGUUACAAAACUGCUUGACUGAAGCAUUUGCUUAUUUGCAUACAAUUGUCUCUGAAAAGUGGCAGAGUGCAGAUGGCUGUUCCCUUGCCCUUUGCCUGCCUGUCGCUCCAUGCUUUGUCCAUGACUGUGACACUUUCCUGCACCAACUCACUUGCAUCCUCAUGACACCCUUGACAACAAUUUCUCUCAGUGUGCUUUGCCUUUUUAACCUUUACUACUAAGUCAGCCCUCACAUGAAGGAAAUCGUAACCAAUAAAAAAGUAUUUUUUCCCAAAUCUUUUUACCAUGGGCUGGCACUGUUCAUGUCAGCACCAAUUCUUCAGAAUGGGUACAACUUUCAGAGGCAUCUCUAUGGCAUGGUGCAGACUUAAUCAGCAGAGUUCAGUGGAGCAGGGCCUCAUCCUACUACAACUGGAAAUCAGUGGAAAGAAUCCCAUUGACUUAGACUUGUAUUUCACUCUAACAAGGUGCAUGAUGGCAAUAAAUCAAGACAACUACAUCAUA